AUGGGCGAAUUCCAAGACAAUCAUAGAUAUGAGGAGCCAAAAAUUUUACCUUCUCGUGCCAGAGGAUACAAAAAAAAGUCUUUGGAUAUAGUCCAGCUGGAAAGAGGCUGGGUUCCUAGCCAAGAACUUCUUGAAAGGUACAGGAAGCCCGACAUCAUAGAUCCUAUGGAAAGACCCAUAGAGAGUAUCGUGUUUAGAAACAAAACAUUGAGCGCCAAAGGAAGAGUGAAGCUCGAGGGCAUGACCCUGUACAACAUCGGAAAGUGUAUAACAACUAUGUCACUUCCUGAAAACCACAGCAAAUACAUCUUUGUUGGGAUCAAGCAGGGCUUUCAACGAGAGUCGACGUUCAAGUUCUCAUCUGAGGCUUCAGAUAUCUACUUAUUUGAUCAGGAGCUAAAUCUCCAACACAUUCUAAACUUUGAGUUUGGAUACUGCAGGAAGAUAGAAACAAGACAGGAAAGGGAUGCUGUUCGAUGUGUUGCUCUGUUUAGUGACGGGUUCAUCAGGAGGUUUGACUUUGAAGAGGAGAUCAGGGACAUGGUGUUGAUCAAUGUAGAGGGAGUGGUGAGCUUUGAGAUCUGCUGGGACAGCGACCUUAUUUUUGCAACUGACGGGAAAGCUGUUGUGUGGAUACACCAAAAUUCUGUUAUGUCUGUGUUUAGUGAAAUGAAGGGGAUGGUAACAUCCAUAGCGAUUAAGAAAAGGGGACUUCAGGGGUGCAAAGAUGAAGCGCAAACCCCUGCAGUUCGCACAUGCCCGAGCAAAGCACCCCUUGAGUUUUAUGCUCUGACUUUAAGUGGAAAAAUAUUCAGGUUUGACCACAAGUUCCAGGAAAAAAAAAAGAUAUCCUUUCCCUCUGGAUAUACAUUCAUCAAGUAUCUCGCCCAAGCAGGCACGCUUAUCGUUGUGGAUACACUGAGCAACGUCACGAAAGCUCUUUAUGACGAGGGAUGCACCCAAAGAACUAGCACAAUGUUUAACUACUCGAUGUCCUGCUGCAGGCCAAGCCAUAGGAGGAUUCUUAUUGGCGGGUUUGACGGAACCAUUAAGAAUGCAAAGGUCAAUAAAAGAAGGGCCAGAGUAAAGACUCUUUUCCAGAUAGUGAGAAGUGGAGAAGAGGUUAUUCUGGGGCAUUCGGAGGAGGAGCUCAAGAGGCUCGAUUCAAAAGGAAGGCCAUUUAAUGACAAUUCUGAGAGAGUUGUAGACCUGUGCAUUGGGAGAUCAAGCUUGUUUGCUGCAUAUGAGUGUGGGAUUGUUGUUGCGCUUGGCCUGGUAUUGUGA